AAACAGAAGGCAGAAAUUUACAACAACAAUAGAAAAGAACUCGGUAACCAACCGAACGCUCCCUCCCUCCGUGGCCUUCGUAGUUUCCGCUUCCCCACUCCUAAAACCUCCCUACCAACGCCACCACUGACCACCAUCUAUUUACACACACAACACUCACUCACUCACUCAUCUACAUCCACCACCAUCGCCACCAUCACCAUAACCUCAUGGAGAGCUCUGUUCUCCACUCUCCAUUUUUGUCCUCCACCUCCUUUUCUCGCGUCUCCAUCCACCACUUGCGACCACGGCUUUCCACCGCCCUCCCCCCCAUCUCAUCCUCCCUUAAACCAUCACUGCUUUCCAUCUCCGCACCCAAAUUCUCUCUUCAGAAUUUCUCCCCUUCACCCCCUAAACUCCUUUACAAAAAACUCUCUCCCCCCCACUCCUCCAGUAACGACAGUGCACCCUCCACCACCGAGCUAAAAACCGUCGCCCUGCAAGGUGCAAAGAUCAUCCCUUUAAUCAUUUCAGUCUCCAUUGGACUAAUUGUCCGUUUUCUAGUACCCAAACCCCCAGAGGUCACCCCUCAGGCCUGGCAGCUCUUAUCAAUCUUCCUUUCUACAAUUGCUGGCCUCGUCUUGAGCCCACUACCCGUGGGAGCCUGGGCGUUCUUGGGAUUAACUACCGCAAUUUUGACGAGAACUCUCCCCUUUACAAUCGCUUUUAGUGCAUUUACUAACGAAGUUAUUUGGUUGAUUGUCAUUUCCUUCUUUUUCGCUCGCGGGUUUGUGAAGACGGGGUUGGGGGAUCGAAUUGCUACCUAUUUUGUCAAAUGGCUGGGGAAAAGUACUUUGGGAUUGUCUUAUGGGUUGACUUUGAGCGAGGCUUUGAUUGCACCGGCAAUGCCGAGCACUACCGCCAGAGCUGGUGGUGUUUUUUUGCCCAUUAUCAAGUCGUUGUCGCUUUCGGCUGGGAGUAAACCCGGUGACCCCUCGGCUAGGAAGCUGGGCGCGUAUUUGGUUCAAUCACAGUUCCAGUCUGCUGGUAACUCUAGUGCUCUUUUCCUGACUGCUGCAGCUCAAAACCUGCUUUGUCUCAAGUUGGCUGAAGAACUUGGGGUAGUAAUUGCAAGCCCUUGGGUUUCUUGGUUCAAGGCUGCUAGUUUACCUGCAUUUGUUUCCCUCAUAGCUACUCCUCUAGUCUUGUACAAACUUUAUCCUCCUGAAACCAAGGAUACACCUGAUGCACCUGCUAUGGCAUCCAAAAAGCUGGAGGUUAUGGGUCCAGUUACGAGGAAUGAAUGGGUGAUGGUUGGUACAAUGCUUCUAGCAGUCUCCUUGUGGGUAUUUGGGGAUGCUCUUGGUAUUGCUAGUGUUGUAGCUGCCAUGCUUGGUUUAUCAAUACUACUAUUGUUGGGAGUGCUCGAUUGGGACGAUUGCUUAAGUGAAAAAUCAGCUUGGGAUACUUUGGCUUGGUUUGCAGUCCUUGUUGGUAUGGCUGGUCAACUAACAAACCUUGGCAUUGUAAGCUGGAUGUCCUGUUGGGUUGCCAAAAUUCUUCAGUCUCUCUCAUUGAGCUGGCCUGCUGCGUUUGGUGUCCUUCAGGCUGCUUACUUUAUUAUCCACUACUUAUUUGCUAGUCAAACUGGUCAUGUGGGAGCAUUGUAUUCUGCUUUUCUUGCUAUGCACUUGGCAUCCGGGGUGCCUGGUGUAUUGGCAGCACUAGCUCUGGCAUAUAAUACAAACUUAUUUGGUGCUUUGACACAUUAUAGUAGUGGCCAAGCAGCUGUAUACUUUGGAGCUGGUUAUACGGAUCUUCCGGACGUCUUCAAAUUCGGCUUCAUAAUGGCCCUCAUUAAUGCAUUAAUAUGGGCCGUGGUAGGAACUUUCUGGUGGAAGUUUCUGGGUCUGUACUGAUCUUCAAUCUAGUGUAAGUAGGUUUUUUGGUCUUCAGGUUCUCUUUAUUAUUGUUGCUCGUCGGCCUUAGGCCGCAGUGCCCAACAACUUAUUUUAGAAAGAGUCACCAAAAUACAAGCUAAGAUUAUAGUUCGAGCUCAUUUUCUACAUCACACCGAUGUAAUAUUAUUCUUUGAUGGAAUCUGGAAGAUUUUGCUUUCUUUGGAUGAGAGUUUAAGGCUACUGUUUAUCAAAUUUAUUGCCUUGUUGCGGUUUUGAUGCCUUCA